AAAGACAUAGAAGCUGCACAAUGGAGCGUCAUAUGAUUUCAAUACUGCUCCUGAUCAUGACUGUGGACUCAGUGUGCUCAAGAUUCUUCAUCUCAGCACCCAAUGUAUUUCAUGUGGGAGUUACUGAGAAAGUGUUAGUCCAGAUGGGAAAACCUCAUCUCAACAGACCUGUCACUCUCUAUCUGGAGUUUGAGAGUUCAGGUUAUGUUGUGUCUACGAAGGAAACGGUUGUGUGUACUAACGAACAGGAUAUCAAAACAGUUGAGCUGAAGAUAAACAGGGAAAUGAUGUCAAGACUUGACUCGGGAAAACAAAAAAAACCUUAUCUUUUACUGGUGGCAGAGAGCCCGUCCUUCAGUAGCAGGAAGAUAACAAGGGUCCUGGUAUCAAAACACAGGGGCUAUAUCUUUAUUCAGACUAAUCAGCCAAUGUACAACCCGACACAGAAAGUGAAGUACAGGAUAUUCACUCUUGACCACACAUUCAGGCCUCACGAGGAAGUGUUCCAAAUAUCAGUAAUUAAUGCUGCUGGAAACAGAGUAAUGAAGUCCCUUAAAACUGCAAAGGGGGGAAUACUCAGAGGCAUAUUCCCCAUACCUGAUGUCUCUAAAAUGGGCACGUGGAAGAUUACAGCACACUAUGAAGGUGAUGAAGACAAUGCAGUUUCUCGAGAAUUCAAAGUCCAAAAAUUUGUUUUACCAAGUUUUGAGGUGAACAUCGCAAUGGAGGAGAACUAUAUUUUGCUGAAUGCUGAGCAGUUUAACUUCACCAUCUCAGCCAUGUAUUCACAUGGUGAAAAAGUUAAAGGGGCUUACCAUUGCCAACUUGGAAUAGUAGGAAAAGCUACAACCAAUGGUGGAAAAAUAAAGCCUAUCACGGGACUGGAGCUGACUGGUUCGGUCCAGGAUGGAACUGCAGAGGUUUCUCUCCGUACAGCAAAGAUAAAUAAUCAACUCCAAAACAAGAUGAACCAAACCCUCUCUGAUUUACAGCAAAGUGGAGCACAACUCUAUUUGAGAUUAUUUGUCACCAACAUACAAAGUGGUGAAAUGCAAGAGGCAGAAGUUUAUCUUCCUGUUGUCUCUCACAAAUACACCAUGGAUCUCUCUCGAACUCGCUCAUACUUCCUCCCUGGAUAUCCACUAGAUGUAGUGGUGGUCAUGAGUCGCCCAGACGGCUCUGCAGCAGCUGGUGUGCCAGUAAACAUCAAUGUACCAGGAUCUUCAGAGCAAUCUUUCCAAGGCAUUACUGACCAGGAGGGGGCAGUGUUUUCUACCUUUAAUAUUGACACUAUAGACGAGAUUCCUGUUGAAGUGACCACAGACGGCCUGCAACAGAGGAAAGUAAUUAGACGUGCUUCAUCUCCAAGUAACAGCUACCUCUACAUGAGUUUUAGCAACAAGAUGCACUCUGUGAAUCAUUUACUUGCAGUUACAUACAACACCGUGAAUAGCCCAAAUGAUGGGUAUAUAUACUACACGGUCCUAAGCCGUGGGAUCAUAAUAAAAAAUGGUAGUCACUCAAUUGGUAGAUCAGUUAAACACAACCUACAUAUAACACCUGAUAUGGUUCCAUCCUUCCGUCUGAUUGGCUACUUCUACAACCAGAAUGGUGACAUCAUUGCAGACUCGGUGUGGGUAGAUGUCACGGAUGAAUGUGAGAUAAAGGUCAAGGUAGAACACAAAGGAUCUGUUGAACCUGGAAGACAGUCAAAGCUAGAAUUUGAUUUAGAUGGACAGAGCGCCAAAGUGGCUUUGCUUGCUGUGGAUAAGGCCUUCUACGCUCUCAAUGCCGAUAAUAAACUCACAGCCAGAAAGGUGUUUUCUGCUAUGCAGUCAUAUGAUCUUGGUUGCUCAUAUGGUGGAGGACCUGACCCAGUAUCCGUACUAAGAGAUGCUGGCCUGUCUUUUGUAUCUCAGUCCGAGUCAGGGUCGAAAGGGGAUUUUCACUGUAAUUCACAAUCUGCACGACAUAGACGCUCCGUGGACCUUCAACAGGAAAUGAUGACCUUAAAAUCUAACUUUUCAGAUGAAAUACUUCAAGAAUGUUGUGGUCAUGGGUUAACUCUCAUCCCUAUGACACUAACAUGUCAGGAAAGAGCAAAGAGAGUCUCUCUGGUGCGACAAAAUCAAGAUUGUGCAGACGCCUUUUUAAAAUGCUGCCUUGAAGGAGAGCGUCUGAGACAAAAAAAGCUACAAGAGGAUUCCCUGAAAGGACUUGGCCGGACUGUAACAGCAGCUGACAUCGAGCAGUUCUUCUUGGACACUGCUGCUCAAUAUAUUCGACGACUUUUCCCUCCAAGCUUUGCAUUCACAGAAUUUGAUGUAAAUGGCAAACGAAGUUAUCCCUUGACUCUACCUGAUUCCAUCACCACAUGGGAAAUUCAGAUCAUCACAUUAUCUGCUGCCAGUGGUUUCUGUGUAGUGAAGCCAACUGAAAUCAGAGCAUUUAAGAACACCUUUGUGUCACUGAGACUGCCAUACUCAGUGAGAAAAUAUGAGCAAAUAUCCAUUUCACCUGUUAUCUACAACUAUGGCAGUGACCAACUAAAGUUAGCAGUUCAUAUGGAACAAACUGAAGGACUUUGCUCACCUGGCUCAGCCACCACUACAGGUUUUGUUAACAUUACUGUGGAGCCAGAUUCCUCCCAGUUUGUCUCUUUCUCCGCUGUCCCCAUGGUAACCGGCUCAAUACCCAUCAAAAUACGUGUCUAUGAUAUAGAGAAUGGGAAUGGAAUAGAUGCAGUUGAAAAGACUUUGAAUGUGUGGACAGAAGGAUUAGAACAGAGAGUUGAGGAAACCAAAUUGAUUAAAUUAGACGGGAAGCGCACACUGACUUUAACUUUGGAUGGAAGUUUACCAGAUGAAACUGUCCCCGACUCCAGCUCCAAUCUUUUUGUUUCAGUGGAAGAGAAUGGAUUUGGUUCACAAGUGAUAAACCUUCUGUCUCCUGAGAAGGUCGCUAGCCUGAUCCGAUUGCCUACAGGAUGUUGUGAACAGACAAUGUCAGGACUUGCCCCUACAGCUGCAGCACUCCGCUACCUUGAUCUGAGUGAGCAAUGGUUUACCUUGCCUGUUGGUUCCAGAGAUGAUGCCUUUGAUAAAAUUGAGCAAGGUUAUGUAAGGGUUUUAACAUACAAGACAUCUGAUGGAUCUUAUAAACCAUGGAGUUCAAAUGCCUCUGGUAAUUGGCUGAGUGCCUUUGUGUUGAAAGUGCUGUCACUGGUGGCUCAACGUCAGACAGUGGCAUUUGGACAGCAAGGCCGGAAAGCUAGGGUUGUACCAGUAGAAGAUAUCAGGCACACAGUCCGUUAUUUGCUCUCAGUACAGAAUACUGACGGCUCAUUCAGUGACCCACAUCCUGUGUUACACAGAUCUGUCCUGAAAGGCAAAGAUCGGGAAGCAUCCUUGACGGCUUUUGUAGCUCUUGCACUGCACCAGUCCCUUCAAUUCCUGACAUCUGAAGCACGAAAUGAUGUGGAAGAAAGCAUUUCAAGUUCAACAAUGUAUCUCAAGUCAAACCUGGCGGAGCUUCAGCAUCCCUAUGCUGUGGCCAUUACAGCCUACUGCCUCUCAGUUUGUCUGCCAGAGGGAACAGAUCUUUCAGCUGUCUGGACAAGACUUCAAGCAAUGGCCAUUGAACGGGCUGAUGGCUGUUAUCUGUGGACAACUGAUCCCACAACGCGUAAUGAAAAGAAGGCAAAUGCCAUCACAGUAGAGACAACAGCCUAUGCCCUCCUAACUGCAGUGGCACUUAAGCAUACCGAGUGGGCAGACAAAGCAGCCUGCUGGUUAAUCUCCCAAGAAAACUAUUUUGGAACCUACAGAUCAACACAGGAUACCGUCAUGGCACUGGAAGCCCUCGCGGAGUAUGAUCUAAAGAGGUCCAACAGUCCUGCAGCAAACUUAAUAGCAGAGUUCAGAGUCCCAGGAAAGAAUGACAUUGUAACGAUUGCACUGGAAAAUAAGGAGAAAGUGGAAACAGAUCUGAAGAAACUGAGUGGGAACAACAUUGCUGUGCAGUUGUCAGGAAAAGGACAAGCCAAACUAAAAAUUCUUAAAGCUUACCAUCUACUGGAACCCAAGGAUGACUGUCUUAAACUGUCCAUCAGCGUCACAGUGGAGGGAAAAGUGAAGUACACUGCUAAAGUCAUAGAAACUUAUGAUUACUAUGAGGACUACGAUACCAAUGAGGAAAAAGAGGGGCGAGUGCCUCGAUCAGCGAUUGAGUGGUUUGAUGCUCGCACCCGAAGCAGGAGAGAUGUUGAAAACAACUUAAAUUCAGACGAGACUGUCACCUACAGAGUCUGUGUCAGUCAUAGCCUGAGCCACAACCUAUCAGGAAUGGCCAUUGCUGACAUCACACUACUGAGUGGAUUUGAGGCUGUAACUGAGGACCUGGACAGGCUAAAACAGCAACCUGAGCAAUACAUUUCCCAUUAUGAAGUCUCCUAUGGAAGGGUGCUGAUCUACUUCAAUGAGCUUCUUGAACCGGAGGAAUGUAUUAGUUUCGAUGCUAUACAGAGAGUGCCAAUUGGCCUCCUGCAGCCUGCUCCAGCCGUGUUCUAUGACUAUUAUGAACCAGACCAAAAGUGUACUGUGUUCUACUCUGCCCCCCAAAGAAGCAAGAUGGUUUCCAAACUGUGUUCAGAGGAUGUGUGCCAGUGUGCAGAAAGACCCUGUCAUAAACUAAAAAUGACAUUCAAAUUGGAAAGAAAUCAAUAUCUGAAAAAGAAUGACCGUGUGCAGCAUGCUUGCUUCUUCCCUACAGUAGAUUACGCAUACAUUGUUGAAGUUGUCAGUGUUUCUGUAAAAAGCAACUUUGAGCUAUACAACACUACUGUAACCGAGGUACUCAGAUCACAUGGAGAUAUACUUGUGAAUGAAAAUUCUGUUCGAGUCUUUGUUAAGAGGCGUCAAUGUAAAGAACAGUUACAUUUGGGAAAACAGUAUCUCCUCAUGGGCAAAGAUGGCUCCACAACCGACUCAAACGGAGUGAUGCAGUACCUGUUGGAAUCAAACACCUGGGUUGAAAAAAAGCCUUCAGAUGAACAGUGUAAAAAAUCUGCCCAUCAGGCUGCCUGCACAGGGUUUUCUGCAUUCAUAAAUGAGUACAAGAUGAAUGGUUGCAGACACUGAAACAGAUUGAAACAAAUCUGUUACAAAUCUCAGUUACAAUGAGACGCACAGUCAGCAUGUAUGUUGAGAGUUCUUUUAUUAGUGUUUGUGGUAUUUUACCUGUGCCUUACUUAUAAACUAUUAUAAUCAGUCAUCAAAUUAUAGUAAAAAAAAACAUCACCACAAGUAUUGAAACAUUAUUGAUGCCUGAAUCAGACAGUAGAUGGAUUCAGCACACCAGCAUUUGAAAAUGUACUACUUUAGUAUAACUGUUAAUCAUUUCUCUAUGUCUAAAUCAGCUAGUAGUGUUUAAAUAAAAAGCAUCUCAGAAUGUUCUCUACCAA